AGGCGCUUCCCACUUGAAGCAAGACAGUGCAUUAGGACGCAGCAUCACACUGGGAGCCACCAACAGGAGAUCCUGUGUAUAGCUCACUCUCUUCCAGUGAGGGAGCGAUAGGAGGGACCAGGAGAGCGCACAGCAGUGUUCAGUUAGCAGCUGCACCAGAGAUUCAUUCAUGUUGUUGUGACCUGGAAAAGACAGUGAAAUGAAAAUCCGGCUGUGCCCAGCAGUGACAGCCUUGUGUGCUGCCCUGCUCUUGACUUCCAUAGAGGCUGAAGUUGGACAACCAACAGACUUAGAUUUUGAAAUAGUUAAUGAGAGUACAGUUCGAAUGUCAUGGAAAAGGCCUGCUGAAAGGAUAAAGGGUUUCAAGAUUACUGUAGUCCCAACUAUUGAUGGGCCGACAAAAGAAUUGGAUCUUCCAGCAUCAGCAACACAAACUGUGCUAACAGAACUUAUACCAGAUGUGGAGUAUGUUGUAACAAUAAUUUCUUAUGAUGAAUAUGAGGAGAGUUUACCCGUGUUUGGACAACUUACAAUUCAAACAGGAGCUCGUGUGACUUCAGAGGAACAGAAGCCGGUUGACUCGCCAAGAUGCUCUAUUAGUGCAGUUGCUGAUGUAGUCUUUCUUGUGGAUGGCUCUUGGAGCGUGGGGAGAAACAACUUUAAAUACAUUCUGGAAUUCAUAUCCUCUCUAGUAUCAGCUUUUGAUAUUGCUGAAGACAAAACACGUGUUGGAGUUGUCCAGUACAGCUCUGACACAAGGACUGAGUUUAACAUGAAUGUAUAUUACAAUAAAGCAGAUCUCCUUUCUGCAGUAAAAAGAAUACCUUACAAAGGCGGCAAUACAAUGACAGGUGAGGCUAUUGACUAUCUGAUUAAGAAUUCUUUUGUGGAAUCUGCUGGCUCAAGAAAAGGAUUUCCCAAAGUAGCAAUAAUCAUUACGGAUGGAAAAUCACAGGAUGAAGUUGAAAUUCCAGCAAGGGAACUCCGUAACCAAGGAGUUGAAGUUUUUUCUCUUGGUAUAAAGGCUGCGGAUGCGAAAGAACUCAAACAAAUGGCUUCUCUGCCUUCAUUAAAACAUGUUUACAAUGUUGCAAAUUUUGAUGCUAUUGUUGAUGUACAGAAUGAAAUAAUUACUCAGGUUUGCUCAGGGGUCGAUGAGCAGCUAAGUGAGCUUGUUAGUGGAGAAGAAGUUAUUGAGUCUCCUUCAGAUUUGGUGGUUACAGAAGUUUCUUCCAAGUCAAUGAAGAUCACCUGGAAAGCAUCCCCAAGCCAAAUCACAGGCUACAGAGUCCAGCUUAUUCCUAUGUUAGCAGGAAGUAAACAACAUUCUCUAAAUCUUGGCCCUCAGACCACUAGUAUCAACCUGAAGGAUCUCUCCCCCGAUACAGAGUACCAGAUUAAUUUAUAUGCAAUGAAAGGACUCACAGCAAGUGAGCCAAUCUCAACACUGGAAAAAACCCAUGCAGUUAAAGUACGAGUGGAAUGUGCCGGAGGUGUGGAUAUAAAGGCUGAUGUUGUUCUCCUCGUUGAUGGCUCUUAUAGUAUUGGUAUUGCUAAUUUUGCUAAAGUCAGAGCCUUCCUAGAAGUGUUAGUAAAGAGCUUUGACAUAUCACCAAACAAAGUCCAGAUCAGUCUGGUACAGUACAGCAGAGAUCCAUUUACAGAGUUUUCACUAAAUAAGUAUGACAAGAUUGAAGACAUUCUACAUGCUGUGAAUACCUUUCCAUAUAGAGGGGGCUCUACCAACACAGGCAAAGCAAUGACCUACGUAAGAGAAAAGGUGCUUGUUGAAAGUAAGGGAGCAAGAUCAAAUGUUCCUAGAGUAAUGAUACUCAUUACUGAUGGCAAGUCAUCAGAUGCCUUUAAAGAUCCAGCCAUAAAACUACGAAAUUCAGAUGUUGAAAUUUUUGCUGUUGGCGUCAAGGAUGCAGUAAGGACUGAGCUGGAAGCAAUAGCAUCUCCUCCAGCAGAUACCCAUGUGUAUACAGUUGAAGAUUUUGAUGCAUUCCAAAGAAUAUCAUUUGAGCUAACACAAUCUAUCUGUCUUAGAAUUGAGCAGGAGUUGGAAACCAUAAAGCAAAAAUUGUUGACACCUGCUCAAGAUUUGACUUUCUCUGAGGUUACUUCAAACAGUUUCCGAGUAAACUGGUCCCCAGCUGCUGAAGAUGUUUUGUCUUAUCUUGUAAAAUAUAAGGUGGCUGUUGGUGGAGAAGAAUUCAUAGUUUCUAUACCGGCCCCAACUACAACUACAGUUCUUUCAAAUCUACUUCCAGAAACAACAUAUGCAGUCAGUGUUCUGGCAGAAUAUGCAAAGGGGGAGAGCCCCUCACUGGAUGGGGAAGAAACAACAUUAGAAGUGAAAGGUGCACCACGGAAUUUGAGAGUUAGUGAUGAAACCACAGAUAGUUUUAAGGUUGGCUGGUCACCGGCUCCUGGAAAUGUCCUGAGAUACAGGAUUGCUUACCGGCCUAUUGCAGGGGGGGAGAGAAAAGAAGUGACCCUUCCAGGAAAUGAAAGAUUUACAACACUACAGAACCUCUCACCUGAUACAAAAUACCAAGUUUCUGUGAUUCCAGAAUACUUUUCGGGGCCAGGGAAUCCCCUUAAUGGAAAUGGAGCAACGGAAGAAGUGUUAGGACAACCAAGAAAUCUAAAAGUUACUGAUCCCACAACAUCUAGUCUGAAGCUAUCCUGGUCUGCAGCACCUGGAAAAGUAUUACGUUACCUUGUUACCUACACUCCAGCUACAGGAGGGGAAAGCAAAGAGGUUACUCUUAGAGGAAAUUUUACCAGUGCAGUAUUAAAGGGACUUGAUUCAGGAACACCAUAUGAUGUGUCUGUAACUGCACUGUAUGCAUCUGGAGCUGGAAGUGCUAUUACUGGAGAAGGAACUACUCUUGAAGAACGUGGCUCUCCCCGUGACCUGGUAACUAAAGACAUCACAGAUACCACCAUUGGUGUUUCCUGGACCGCAGCCCCGGGAAUGGUGCGCAACUACAGAAUUUCAUGGAAGUCAUUGUUUGAUGAUGAAUCUGGAGAAAGUACAGUGCCUGGGGAUGUAACAAACACAGUACUAGAGAACCUAAAACCCGAGACAAAGUACAAAAUUUCUGUUGUUGCUAACUACAAAAGCGGAGAUGGAGAUCCUCUUGAGGGAGAAGCCACUACUGAACAGUCUCCAAAUGCCAAAACUCUGACAGUCAGUGAUGAAACAGAAACUACAAUGAAGGUCACUUGGCAACCUGCUCCAGGGAAUGUAGCCAAUUACCGUGUAAUUUAUCGUCCACGACUUGGAGGAAGACAAGUGGUUGCUAAAGUGCCACCUACAGUCAGUUCUACAGUGUUAAAACGUCUUCAGCCUAGAACCACCUAUGAUAUUACAGUUGUUCCAGUAUAUAAGUUUGGAGAUGGAAAGCAGAGGCAAGGAGAAGGAACAACAGCCUCACCUUUCAAGCCACCCAGAAAUUUAAAAACCUCUGACCCUACUACAUCAACAUUCCGAGUCACCUGGGAAUCAGCUCCUGGGCAAGUGAAGGGGUAUAAAAUAACCUUUUACCCAUCUGGAGAUGACUCGAAACUGGGGGAACUAGUAGUUGGCCCCUACGAUAAUACCGUGGUUUUGGAAGAGCUCAGGGCAGGCACAUCUUACAAGGUAAAUGUCUUUGGUGUAUUUGACCAAGGAGAAAGUGUGCCGUUAGUUGGGGAAGAGAUGACAACUAUGAGAGAUGAUCCUGAUGUCCAAAUACCCUCUCCAGGCUUCGAGUGCAAAACUAAAGCUGCUGCAGACAUUGUGUUGCUGGUAGAUGGCUCUUGGAGUAUUGGCAGACCAAAUUUCAGAACUAUUAGAAGUUUCAUAUCCAAGAUGGUUGAAGUCUUUGAUAUUGGACCGAACCGAGUACAGUUUGCUCUUUCUCAAUACAGUGGAGACCCCAGGACUGAGUGGCAGCUAAAAGCCCACAGUACCAAGAAAUCAUUGAUGGAUGCUGUGGCAAACCUUCCAUACAAGGGGGGCAACACUCUUACAGGCAUGGCACUGAAUUUCAUCUUACAAAACAACUUGAAGGCAGAAGCUGGCAUGAGAGCUAAAUCACGAAAAAUUGCUGUUCUAAUUACUGACGGAAAAUCACAAGAUGAUAUUGUUGCACCAUCAAAAAAGAUCCGCGACCAGGGCAUUGAGCUUUAUGCAAUUGGUGUCAAGAACGCUGAUGAAAAUGAACUUAAAGAAAUUGCUACAGAUCCAGAUAGUACUUAUGUAUUUAAUGUAGCUGACUUCUCCUUGCUAUCUAAUAUUGUUACUCCUCUGACUGAAAAUCUGUGUAACAGUGUCAAGGGUCCAGGUGAUCUGGAUCCGCCAACUGACUUAGAGACAUCGGAGCCCACUCAUCGUUCAUUUAGAGUGUCAUGGGUCCCACCAUCUUUAAGUGUAGAUAGAUUUCGGGUGGAAUACUAUCCUGUAGCAGGAGGCAGACCACAAGAAGUUAUUGUCAGCAGGAAUGAAAGGACUACAGUACUGACUGACCUGAAACCCGAAACUGAAUAUUUUGUUAAAGUUUAUUCUGUAGUAGAGGGGGAAAGCAGUGAACCAUUAGAAGGAAGAGAGACAACUCUGCCCAUUCCUUCAGUUAGAAAUCUGAACACAUAUGAUGUUCGAACUACAAGUAUGAGAGCAAAAUGGGAAGCCACAAGGGGAGCAACGGGAUAUUUAUUGUUGUAUGAACCUGUAAAUGCUACUGUCUCCACAACAGAAAAAGAGGUGCGAGUUGGGCCAACUGCAACAGAUGUCCUCUUGGAAGAAUUGCUUCCCAAUACAGAGUACACUUUGACUUUGUACGCACUUUUUGAUGAACUCACCAGUGAUCCUCUUACAACACAGGAUGUUACAUUACCUCUUCAAGGUGUUGGAAAUAUAAGGGUUAGAGACAUCACUCAUAGCUCAAUGAAUGUGUUUUGGGAUGCUGCACCUGGAAAUGUGCGCAAAUAUAUAGUGAAAUAUAAAACUACUGAAGAAGAAGAAUUCAAAGAGGUGGAAGUUGAUGGAUCAGUAACAACCACUCCUCUUACAGACCUUUUCUCACAAACAGAGUAUGACAUCAAUUUAAUUGCCAUAUAUGAUGAAGGAGAAUCCCAGCCACAGAUUACACAAGGAACCACAGCACCAGUACCAGCCCCUGUCAAUCUCAGAUUUUCUGAAGUAACAAGCAACAGCUUCCGGGGUACUUGGGACCAUGGGGCUCCUGAUGUUGCUUUGUAUAGAAUAUCAUGGACCCCAGUUGGACAGCCAGAAAAAAAGAGUGAAACCAUUGUUGAUGGGGAAAAGAACACUCUUCUCUUUGAGGAACUGGAAACAGACACACCAUAUGAAGUUUCAGUUACUGCCAUUUAUCCUGAUGAAUCGGAAAGUGAAGAUUUAGUUGGUGUUGAGAGAACAUUGCCAAAAGUGCCCGUUACAACUCCAACUCCAAUCAAUGGCCCACAGAAUCUGCAGGUGUAUAAUGCAACAUCCAACAGCUUGACAGUUAAAUGGGAUCAUGCUAGUGGCCGAGUCCAAAGAUAUCGAAUUACAUAUAAACCUCUUUCUGGUGAUGGUGUCGAGCAAACGACUACUGUUGGUGGAAGGCAGAACAAUGUGGUUCUUCAGCGGUUACAACCGGAUACACAAUACUCCAUUAAUGUGGCCUCAAUUUAUGCUGCAGGGGAAGGAGGAAGGAUCGGCGGAAGAGGAAAGACAAAGCCUCUUAAUACUGUAAAGAAUCUCAGAGUAUAUGACCCUACAACCAGCACUCUAAAUGUUAGAUGGGAAGCAGCAGAAGGAAAUGUGCGGCAGUAUAAAGUCUACUAUGUACCUACUGCUGGAGGCCCAGAAGAAAUGACAACUGUUCCUGGAAAUACAAUCUAUACAGCUCUUAGGGGUCUUCAACCUGAUACUUCUUACACAGUCACUGUAGUCCCUGUUUAUGCUGAAGGAGAUGGUGGGCGCAUGUCUGAAACUGGAAAGACGUUGGUGCGAGGAGAAGCUAGAAAUAUUCAAGUUUACAACCCCACAACAAACACUCUAAAUGUCCGCUGGGAACCUGCUCCUGGGCUUGUUCAACAAUAUAAAGUCAAUUACGCUCCACUUCUUGGAACACAGUCUACAGAAUAUGUUGUUGUUCCUGGCAAUACUCGUAAUGUGUUAUUGGAGCGUCUAAUUCCUGACACUGAUUACUCUGUGAAUGUGGUACCUCUAUAUGGUGAUGGAGAAGGAAAUCCAAGCAAUGCUGAAGGAAAAACAUUACCUCGCAGUGGGCCAAAAAAUAUAAAAGUUUAUGGAGAAACUACCAACAGCCUUUCGGUAACAUGGGAUCAUGCGGAUGGACCAGUUCAGCAGUAUCGAAUCAUCUAUUCCCCAACUGUUGGUGAUCCCAUUGAUGAAUUUAUAACUGUACCUGGAAGAAGAAACAAUGUGGUACUGCAGCCCCUAUUGUCUGAUACCCCUUAUAAAAUUACUGUGGUGGCUGUGUAUGGUGAUGGAGAUGGAGGACAACUUACUGGGAAUGGAAAGACUGUUGGCUUGUUAGCACCAAAAAAUCUUCAGGUAUCAGAUGAAUGGUAUACCCGAUUUAGGGUAACUUGGGAUAGAGCCACAUCUCCCGUUCUUGGAUAUAAACUUGUAUAUCAACCAAAAAAUGCUGAUGAAACAAUGGAACUGUUUGUUGGGGACAUGAAUUCUUACACUUUGCAGAACCUUUCUCCUGGAACUACUUAUGAUGUGAAGGUUUAUGCUCAGUAUGACACGGGACUGAGUGGUCCACUCUCAGGAGAUGGAACAACCUUGUACUUGAAUGUAACUGACUUGACAAGUUACCAGGUUAGUUGGGACUCAUUUUGUGUAAGAUGGACGCCCCAUAGAGCUGCAACAUCAUACAGAGUUAAGCUAAAUCCAGUUGACGGAUCAAGAGGACAAGAAAUAACAGUAACUGGAUCUGAAUCAUCUAACUGUUUCACUGGACUGAACCCAGACACGGAGUAUACUGCUACUGUUUUUGUACAGACACCUAAUCUUGAGGGUCAAGGUGUUUCUACAAAAGAACGUACCUUGAUAAAGCCAACCGAAGCACCUACAGAGCCUCCUGCACCACCUCCACCUCCAACCGUACCCCCUGCCCGUGAAGUGUGCAAAGGUGCCAAAGCAGACAUAGUGUUCCUCAUUGACAGUUCCUGGAGUAUUGGUGAUGAUAACUUCAAUAAAGUGCGCCAGUUUAUUUUCAAUACUAUUGGAGCUUUUGAUGUGAUCAACCCUGCUGGAAUCCAGGUUUCGUUUGUGCAAUUCAGUGAUGAAGCUCAAACUGAGUUUAGACUGAAUACUUAUGCUGAUAAAUCACAGGCUCUUGGUGCAUUGGCAAAUGUACGCUACAAAGGCGGAAACACAAAGACAGGAAAGGCACUUAAAUUUGUUCGUGAUAAAGUCUUAACUGUAGAAAAUGGCAUGAGAAGAUCUGUUCCCAAGGUGCUUGUAGUGGUUACAGAUGGAAGAUCCCAAGAUGAAGUGAAGAAGUCUGCCAUGGACAUACAGCACUCUGGAUUCAGUGUGUUUGUAAUUGGUGUGGCGGACGUGGAUUACAGUGAGCUACAAAACAUAGGCAGCAAACCAAGUGAACGACACGUCUUCAUAGUCGAUGAUUUUGAUGCUUUUGAGAAAAUUGAGGAUAAUCUAAUUACUUUUGUCUGUGAGACUGCAACAUCGACUUGUCCAUUAAUAUAUUUAGAAGGAUACACUUCGCCAGGUUUCAGAAUGCUGGAGGCUUAUAACCUCACGGAGAAGACAUUUGCCUCUGUGCAAGGAGUAUCUCUUCAACCGGGUUCAUUUAACAGCUUCCCCGCAUACAAUCUGCACAAAGAUGCCUUCCUUUCUAUGCCAACCUCAGAACUGCACCCUGAUGGUUUACCACAUUCCUAUACUAUAAUAUUGUUAUUCCGCCUUCUUCCGGAAACCCCCAAUGAGCCAUUUUCUAUAUGGCAGAUAACAGACAAAGGAUACAAGCCACAAACAGGAGUGACUCUUGAUGGAUCUAAGAAAACAUUAUCCUUCUUCAAUAAGGGAGGAAAUGGAGAAACUCAGACAGUUACAUUCGAUGGGGAAGAAAUAAAGAAACUCUUUUAUGGGAGCUUCCACAAGGUGCACCUUGUAGUAUCUCCAUCAUAUGUCAGAAUAUAUAUUGAUUGCAGCGAAGUUAUGGAAAAGGAAAUCAAAGCAGCUGGUAACAUUACAACUGAUGGUUAUGAAGUGCUGGGAAAAUUAGCUAAGGGUGACAAAAAAUCUGCACCAUUCCUUCUCCAGAUGUUUGACAUAGUUUGCACAGUCACCUGGACGAGCCGAGAUAGAUGCUGUGAUCUUCCUGCUACAAGAGAUGAAGCUAAAUGCCCAGCUUUACCAAAUGCGUGUACAUGCACACAAGACAGCAUUGGGGCCCCAGGACCCCCAGGCCCAUCUGGUAUGCCUGGUAGCAAAGGCCCCAGAGGUGACAGGGGUGUAGAUGGGCCGGCUGGGCCACCAGGAUCAAGAGGCGAGCCAGGUCUCACAGGGCCACAAGGACCUCCAGGCCCUCAAGGACCUAAUGGACUUUCUAUACCAGGAGAACCUGGUCGUCAAGGAAUAAAGGGUGAUUCCGGUGAUCCAGGGCAGCCAGGAAGAAUGGGUACUCCAGGAGUAACUGGACCAUCUGGUCCUAUGGGGCCACCAGGUCAAAGGGGUUUCACAGGAAAAGAUGGUGCUGCAGGGCCUAGAGGACCGCCAGGACCAAUGGGAUCUCCAGGAGCCCCAGGAGUACCUGGUCCGAGCGGAAAACCAGGAAAGCAAGGAGAUAAUGGACUGCCAGGGCCCACAGGAACAAAGGGAGAUAAGGGCGAAAGGGGAGAUAUUGCUUCUCAGAAUAUGAUGAGAGCUGUGGCAAGACAAGUUUGUGAACAGAUGAUAAAUAGUCAAAUGAGCAGAUUUAAUCAGAUGCUAAACCAGAUUCCAAAUGAUUACUAUUCAAACCGCAAUCAGCCUGGACCUCCUGGCCCUCCCGGCCAACAAGGCAGCCCAGGAUUAAGAGGAGAGCCUGGAUCUGCAGGUAGACCUGGGUUCCCAGGAACAUCGGGCCCUCAAGGACCACCUGGAGAGAGAGGUAUUCCAGGGGAAAAAGGUGAACGGGGUAAUCCCGGAAUUGGAUCGCAAGGACCCAGAGGACUUACUGGACCCCCAGGACCACCAGGCGAUUCUAGAACUGGACCACCAGGUUCUCCAGGCUCUACAGGACCUCCAGGACCCUCUGGCCGCCCAGGUCUUCAAGGCAUUAGAGGGCCCCCUGGUCAAGCUGGAUAUUGUGAUGCUUCGAUGUGUGCAAGCAUGCCUUACAAUGGACAAGGAUACCCAGAACCUUAUCGGCCUGAAAAUGGACCUCCGGAGCCUGACAGUGAAACCUACGUAGUGCCAAUGCCUCCAGAAAGGCCAGAUGAUGAGUUUGAGGACUAUGGACAAGACAUGCAGCCUCCAGAAUAUGCUGAACAUAUGCGGUGGAAACGAUCCUUACCAAAGAAAAUCACAAGAUCCUAAAAGUAUUUUGUUUUUAGUGUAUAUGACAUUUUCUAGUUUUUAUUUGAAUAAACAGGUACAUGCAGAGUAGGUGUAGAGCAUGCUUUCCCAUUUCCUUCCAGGAUACUGCAAUCAUGAAAUGCACUUACACGUAUGUACACAUACAGUUCUUAUGUGGAUGCUGCAACAAGUAUACCUAAUGUAGAAACCAAAUGAAGUUUCCAUUUUUAUGCUCUCUGUAUGCUUGUAAAAUAUUUGCCUGCCAUGCCAGCUUAAUUGUUUAAAGAUUUGUGAAUAAAACCUGUAUUCUGCAGCAGUUAAUAUUAUCACCUAAUGCAAUGGCAAAUUUCCCAAUAGCUAUUUGCCUGAGCGGUCAUUUAUCAUUUCUUUCUUUAGUAGCUUCUUGCAGCUCCAACACAAUGCAACUUAUGUAAUACAUAUUAAAUCAAUCAUGUUCCAUCAUUAUUAGUACUCUCCAAACAUCAGUUAUACUUUAUAAGGGAUAUACUGAUUUUAUACUAUGCUUUUCUUUUUACAACCAGAAACCUUGCAACAUUGCAGCAUCAUUUAGAUUUAUAUUGUAGACACAUUUACAUUCACUUGUAUGCCAAGUUGCAGUCAAUCCUGCAGAAAAGGAAUUGCAUGUUUGUGCUGUAUAUUUAGUAUGGACAUUUUUUUCAGAAUAUAGUGUUUCUUAGUUCUCAAAGCAGUUUGAAAUUGCCUGCAAGACUAUGGAAAUAGAAUUGCACUUUGAAGAUUUUUAACUGCACAUUGUGAAUUUCACUGCCUUAUAUUUUUUAUUUAUUUCUGAAACAAAAGAGGUGUUUUUCAAUAAAACUACUGAAAAUAUA